CAACAGAUCAAUGAUGAAAGCCAGUAUUGUGGCCCAGAUUUGAGAAAUGAUUAAUUGAGCCUGAGCUAAGGUUUCUAAAACACAUUUGACUUUUCAUUAACACGUUGACCUAUUUUCAGCUCAAAAAGGCAACCUCAGCCUUAAAUACUAAUUUGCCUCCAUCCAUAACCUGUGGAGCCUGACGACAUGGUGACCCUGUGCUUCAGACACCUGAACAACAGACAUGGCUCAAGACUGGCAGCCAAGAAAAAUAAAACACAAGGUCAACCAUCAAGAUGUGGAUGAAGAGCUGCUUGCGUUUGUCAGGAAGCCAAUCCCUUCUGCUGCUACCUUGAAGGAUGAGGCAUUUGUACACAGCCUUGUGCCAGAGCUGAAGUAAAUAGGAAGAAACAAGGGCCGUCUGAAAGUGCAACUACUAUUUAUUGUAAACUGGCAAGAAAAGGCGCUAACAACAUUGAACCAAUGAUAUUACUUUGGGGGAGGGACAGAGUUAGUUUUGAUAUUUCAACCUACUUGUCCUGAUCGCGUCUGGUGUGGAUGGACAAAAUCAACAUGCGGAUGCAAGCGCGUGCCGAGUGUAGUCAGCAUGUUGUGUUAACACUGGCUUUGGCGUGCGCUCAUGAAAAUGUCACUGGACUUUACCAAGACAACAUAUGAAGAAUCUUUAUUUGCUCUGCACUGGACCAAGAUCCAAUGAACUUGAGUGAAAGUCCUUGAACCAAAGUUAAUGUUUGAUCUCUAUGUACAUUUAUACCUAUUAGCAUUGUGUCUAACUGUCCAGUGUUGAGAUGGAGAUGAGUGGCCUCCUGAGUGUUCUGCUGGUCACAUCAGCAGCCUUGCUGUUUAUAGCUAACGGACAGAGCAACUAUGAUAUGUUGAGGGAGGUUGACAAGAAACAUGUUGACAUGGCUAUAAGAUAUGCAAAUAAGAAUAGUGAGAUUCAGAAAAAUAAUCCAAAAGAGCACCUCAAUUUUUUUAAAGUUGUUGGACAAUCUGAGAUCAGUGCUCGGGAAUUUAAAAUCAACUUGUUGUUGAAAGCAACAGACUGCCCUAAGGCCAGUAGAGAUAGUGAACAUAAACAUCGCCCUGAAUGUCACUUUAAAUCCAGAAGGCCUUGUAUAAACUGUGUUGUUUGUACUAAAGACUUCCAUGGCAGCACUGACCCUUACAUUGACUGUGUUCUCAACACAGAUGUGAAGAAGCAAGAUAACAUCCGAUAUGACAAGUGUUCACCUCUUCAACAUGGAGGGAGUACAACUUUAGCCUUACUUGCCAAAGAAGAAGACCUUCAGACUGGAUGCCUUGGCUGUUUCUGAUAACUAAUGAAAGAACGUGUACUGAUGGUCAGAGGCCGUCCUUAUAAAGCACUUCUGUCUUUGGAUUUAGAAUGUAGCCUUUUGGGAGCUUCGGUUGGAAUUUACCACAAUGCAAUUGUGUCAAAUACUCUUUCCAGAUUUGAAUCUCUCGUAAUACACAGAUAAAUAUUGUAAAUGUACCCUUGUUUGCUGAUUUUCCACAUAUAUUCAAAGAAAAAUUGAGUGCAGUCUGCUACUUGAGAUUCACAUGGAUUACCCCACUGCUUAUUUCAAAAUAAUAUUACUGUUGAAAGUAAAGCUUACUCUAAUUUAACCAGUAUGAGGGGUGAAAUAAGGAUGUUAUUGGACUCUUUUUUUCUUCUUCUGAAUCUUAAAAUUUGUUUUACAAUUUUGGGAAGAAAAUUGCCUGUAUGUCUGCAUAUGUCUUGCAGUGUAAAAUGAUUGCAGCUCUGUUUCUACUUCUCUCAGGGCAGAGUGCCCACAGUCUUAUCUCUGGGCAGCCAGUUCUGCCUGUGACCGCAGAUCACUACUAGGUUUUUAUAGGUAACAUAAUGAACUUAGGGUCUGGUCCCUAUGGCCAGGCUGUGUUCACUGAGUCUGCACAUUGUCAAUUCAGUAUUUUCCUCAGUCACUGUGAUCAUAUGUCUGUAGAACAAACAGCAUUAAAGUUUGCUUUGGGUUUUGACUUUCUAAAAGGUGAUAUUUUUUAUUUUGAUUCGAUGACGGUUUGGUUGGUUAACAACCAGAACUUGGCUUAGAUUGUUGUCGGACUUCAAUCAAAUAUUAUUUUAAGGGGUGGAUCAGCUGUAUUGCAGAAAUAAAUUCAUUACAAAUCCUACAA